AUGCGCCGCACACCGAAUCGUGAUGCGUCGCCGCCGGGAGAGCAUCUGCCGCUUGUGCAUGGCAGCAGCGCCAAGCCUGCCGUGGCGCGAGAGUCGCUCUGGUACCACUCGUCGUUCCUCAUCAUGGCCGAGGCGAUGGGAAUGGGCGUGCUCGGCAUCCCGCACGCCACCGCCCAGAUCGGGUGGGGUCUCACUGCGUGCGUCGCUUUUGGACUCGUCUCGACUUACUCGUCGCUGCUGCUCGGGCGGAAGGGAGCACUGUCUCACCCCUCCGAGUCGGACGGCGGCAGGCAGUCGAUCCUCCCCUUCUUCCUGCUCGCGUGCGCCGAGUCGGCGCGCACCUUCGCCCCGCUGCUCCUCGUGGCUCUGCUUCUGCUGCCUCCUCUCCAGCUGCGCACACUGCACCAGGUCGUAGGACUCUCCUUCGCUGGAGCUUUCCAGGAACCUUCGAGGAGCCUUCCAGGAGCCCCCGUAGGCGGGCGGAGGCACAGCGUGUGGCUCCCCUCGGGCGCCGCCUCCCUCGACUCGUUCGGCGCGGUCUCCGCGUUCGUGUUCGCGUACCAGUGCCACUCGGUGCUCCUCGAGAUCAUGCGCGAGAUGCGCGAGCCGCGCUCUUUCCCCGCCGCGGCGCGUGCUGCGUACGGCGUCAUGGGCCUCGUCUACACGUGCACUUGCGUGCUCGCCUACGGGGCGUUCGGCAGCGAGGUGGCCGGCUUCCUGCCCGAGUCGAUGCCACCGGGGCACGCCAAGCGCCUGGUCGGCCUCGCUGCUCUCUCCUCCGCUCCCGGGACACCGCCGAGCCUGAGUCGACCCGAUGCCGAGGUCAGCGGCGUGCUGCUCCUCAGCAUCGUCCUCGCGACAGCGGUCCCGUUCUUCUCCGACCUCCAGUCCCUGCUCGGAUCGCUCGCCGGCGCGCCGAUGAUGUUUGGCUUCCCCGCGCUCUUCUACCUCCGCGCCUGCCGCGCGCACGGCUUGGCGCUCUCCUGGUUCGACGCGGCGGCGUGCCACUUCCUGCUCUACCUGCUCACGCCGACCCUCGUCGUGCUGGGCACGCUCAGCUCGAUGCGCUCCAUCGCGCACAGCUGGGAGGUGGCGCUCGCCGCAGACGCCGCGGCGCAAGCCCAGCCGGCUUACUUGAGCUCCGAGUAG